AUGUCAACGCGCACCAGCCGGCAGCAUCAUGCUGAUUUUUCUAAUUAUCCAUUCAAAGCCGGGGAGAUAGCCUACUGCAAGGAUCGACCAGAUGUCGUCGAAGAGGACGGGAAGGUGUUGGAAGCCUACCCAGCGAGGCCUGUCGUCCUUGUACGGGAGAACUCUAGACAUGCUCAUCAUUGGGAGGUCAUGUUCUUUACGCUGAAUGAGAAAGUAGAAAUCCAGAGCUUCGCAGCUUCCUCACUACUGCCUUAUGAGGACGGUUACUCCAAGUUCGAGUCAGUUAGACUGUGGAAUAAACCUAGGCCAGAGCACGAGAAGGAGUAUAUGGAAGCUGUUGGAUGGGAAGUUGAGCAGGGAGUGAAGGCCCACAAGGAUCGGCAGGCGAUGCCCUCCGGGAUGCAACAUGUGCUCGAGAUGGCAGCCUCUAAAGUGAAGUUGGAGGGCUCUCCUGCAGGGCCGCGUGUGAGGAGCAGGAGUCGGAGUUCUUCACGCGGGAUGACCCCUCUUGGUGGUCGCAAUACAUCUCCAAGG